AUGGUUUUAAAGAAAAGUAAGGCGGAACAGCAGGUGAGCAACGUGCACUUGGAUGAUAAUUCGAGUUAUCAGCUCUUCAUCCAGAUCAAUGCCAAUAGAGCUGCUGAUUUAGUGCCAGACUUUGGAUAUGAGUCUGAUUCACCAAAUACUGGGGUGGGGGAAGUGAAAAAAUCUUCAAAGAAGAGUAUCAAUCCUGUUCUAGUGGCUCUGAUUAAUAAGGUAAAACGUCGGACUUCGAGAAAGCUUCAUACGAAGCAGCCUAGUUGGGAUGACACAUUAUUAAUACCUUUGAAAUAUAAUGAUUACUGCCCUGUAUUGUAUUUGACAGUGUGGGACAAACACAAAAGAUAUAAGAACUACAUGGGAGAAAUGAGGAUUCAUCUAAAUGAAAUAUUUUAUCAAAAUUCCAAAUUUUCCAGUACUAAGCCGCUCCAAUGGUAUAAGCUUUACUCCAAGGAAAGUUACAAGCGUUACAUCACAGGGUCUUUAUUGUUAUCUUUCAGUUUAGUCGUCAAAAAGAAGAAGUUGAAAGGAAAAGACAAGAAACGAAAGAACGCUUUAAAAACUGACAAAGAUUUGCUGUCACAAGCUGGAAGUAAAAACUCAUCAAAAGUGAAAGUAACGGUUUCACCCUCUGCUGACGACUACAGCGAUUUAUACAAUAAAAUGGAAACGUUAGAGGCAUCAGACGCUCCUUAUUACGACGCAGAAGCCACAGAAGAAGAAAAGCAAAAGAUGUAUCAGCAAUGGAUCAAGUCUCUUAUUUACUCGAAUCCUGAUCCCAGCUUAAUACAUGCAGAUAUCCAAGGCUUUUAUCCUUCUGUCAGCGAUCUGCCACCUAUGGCAUCAGACUUGUCAGACCUUGACUCCAUUGAAGCUUCCUCAAAGAGUCAAGAAUCGAAGGAGGUCUCCAAUGAGGGUUCCAAAGACUUGAAACACAGCAUUAUAACGAAAAGUGAUCAAGUUGCAGAAAAGAAUUCUAGCAAAGAUUUCUUGUCUGUCAAAGACAAUUUAUCUAAUGUAUCUGAUGAAAAUUCUAGUAUUCUAUCUGAGGUUUCCUCAUUAAUCUCAAAAGAGAAUGUUGUAAAUGAUCCUUUGCUUGCAAAUGCCAACUUGCAAAGUUCGCCUCCUCAUAAAAAGAACUCAAAUUCCAAGAAUACUAAUGCAAAAUUUUCCGUCAGCAACAGAGACGUUGCGGGUGUUCUUUUCCUAGAAAUUGUAUCUUGUUCUGAUUUGCCUCCUUUAAGGAACGUUACUAGAACAUCAUUUGAUGUUGAUCCUUUUGUUGUUAUUGCUUUCGGAAAGAAGACGUAUAGGACAAGCUGGAAAAGACAUACCUUAAACCCUUUGUUUAACGAAAGAAUUGUCCUAGAAGUCCUACUGCACGAGACGAAUUUCAACAUUCAAUUUUCUGUCUUGGACAAGGAUAGGUUCUCAUUUCACGAUAACAUUGCCGCAGUUUCGGUUCCAGUGAAAGAUAUAACAGAUAUGGCAACUCCUAGGGGGUCUCAUUUCUUAAACUUAAGGAGUCCAUUAGAAGCUGCUUCUGAUUCUGUACUUGACUACGACUCACCGUCGCAAAACUCUAGCAUUACGGUCUUGGAGGACGAUAAUUUAAUCCAACAAGUUAAGAAAAAGAAGUUUAGAAAAAAAAUUACUACACUGCAUGGCGACACUUCAAAGUUUAGAACUAUAAAUUUAGCAUUGAAGCUCCACAAUGAAAAAUAUGAAGGUAAAUAUAAUCCACAACUAAAAAUUCGAGUCCGAUUUGAGCUCUAUGAAAAUUUGAGAAGGCAAUUUUGGAAUAUUUUACUUGAGCAAUACCACGUCGAGGAAACUGGUAGAUCGUACGAUUACAUUGAACUAAUAUCACUUUUAGAUACCUUGGGAUGUCAGAAUAGUGACGACAUUGUGAAUGAGUUUUUUCAAGACUAUCAAAAGCUGCCCUGGGGAGGGGCCGUUUUGACAUUUGAUGAAAUCAUAGAUUCAUUGGAAAAGCAUAUAACUUCUUCAGAGGCUUCAAGUGUAAAAUUGUUCGAGAUAGAAAAGUGCCCUUUGUGUUGUCAGAAAAGGUUGACAAAAAAACAAGAUAUUGACAUCGUAACUCAUGUUGCUUUGUGUGCAUCGAAAGAUUGGAGCAUAGUUAACAAAUUGCUAGUUUCUUCAUACAUUUCUCCUCAAAUCGCGACGAAAAGAUGGUUUUCCAAGUUAUUGAUUAAAAUGACAUACGGGAAAUAUCAAUUGGGAGGGAAUUCAGCAAACAUAUUAGUCCAGGAUAGAUUAACUGGUAUUAUUUUGGAGGAGAAAAUGGGAGUUCACGUAAGGUUGGGAAUAAGGCUACUUUAUAAUGGCUUAGAUAAAGCCAAGUCCAAAAGAGUUCGGAUAUUAUUGAAAAAGAUGAGUAUAAAACAAGGUGCUAAGUUUGACAGCCCGCAGCUGAAAAAUGAUAUUCAAUCAUUUAUAAAGUUCCAUAAGCUUGAUAUGUCAGAUUGCUUGGAACCUGAUCCUACGAAGUACGCGACAUUUAACGACUUCUUCUAUAGAAAACUUAAAGAAGGAGCAAGGCCUCUCGAGGCUGCUGAGAAUAGAAAUGUUGUCGUAUCGCCGACAGAUUGUCGAUGUACUGCUUUUACUUCAGUCAAGAGUGCCACACGCUUGUGGAUCAAAGGACGCAAUUUCUCUGUUGCUAAAUUGUUUAAUGGAAACUUUAAUAACCUAGAACACACUGACUUGUAUGAACAAGAGAACUGCUCGAUUGGUAUUUUCAGGUUGGCUCCGCAGGAUUACCAUAGAUUUCAUUCUCCAGUUGAUGGAAAAAUAACAAAAAUUAAACACAUCGAAGGAGAGUAUUAUACCGUAAAUCCAAUGGCGAUAAGGUCAAAAUUAGAUGUCUUUGGUGAAAAUGUCAGAAUACUAAUCGAAAUCGAGACUAAAGAGUUUGGGCCGGUUGUAAUGGUAGCAGUAGGUGCUAUGAUGGUAGGCUCGAUUGUACUUACUAAGGGCGAAAAUGAGACAGUAUCUAGGGGUGAAGAAGUGGGCUAUUUCAAGUUUGGUGGAUCUACCAUUUUACUAUUGUUUCAAAGCUCUAAAUUUUCAUUCGACUCAUAUUUGAUCAAUAAUUCUAACUCCUGUAUUGAAACGUUAUUAAGAGUGGGCCAAAGUGUAGGUCAUUCCCCUGAUACGAACGAAUAUAAAAGACCUCAUUUAAGCUUUGAACAACAGUCCGAUGAUUUCAAGUUAAAUUUAAUAAGAAUGAUGACUGGAGGUGAUUUAAAUGAUAGUCGAGAGUUGAACAACUGGGAAAUAGGAAAGAGUCACUUUGAAAAAGACGAUAUCGAAAGUAUCUUAAGAGAAUCUGACGAAGGAAGUCUUAAUUCUAAUGAGAAUGGUGAUGAUUUUGACUCUAUACAUUCAGGUCCGAAUAUUCCUGAGACUUCAUAA